AAAAUCGGAAUGAUUGAUUAUAGGGGUCUGUUUUGGGUGUCUUGGAUCAGCGUGCUUUCUGAUAGAUAAGGGGUUUUUGUAGGGUUUAUUCUAUUCAUCCAAAAACAAUGGGGUCUUUGGAAAAUAAUGGAGUAGACAAAGCAAGGGAUGAACAAGAACCAAUUCUAAUGGAGCAAAGCCAGAGGUUUUGCAUGUUCCCCAUUCGCUACAAGCAAAUUUGGGAGAUGUACAAGAAGGCUGAAGCCAGUUUCUGGACUGCUGAAGAGGUUGAUCUCUCUUAUGAUGUACAACAUUGGGAGACCUUGUCUGUCUCUGAGAAGCACUUCAUAACACAUGUCCUAGCUUUUUUUGCUGCUUCUGAUGGAAUUGUCUUGGAGAAUUUGGCUGCAAGGUUUCUGAGUGAUGUUCAAAUUCCCGAGGCUCGGGCAUUUUAUGGGUUUCAGAUAGCAAUGGAGAAUAUUCAUUCAGAGAUGUACAGCUUGCUGCUGGAGACGUAUAUUAAAGAUUCAAGAGAAAAACAUAAAUUAUUCAAUGCAAUCGAAAAUUUGCCUUGUGUUGCAAGGAAGGCAGAAUGGGCAUUGAGUUGGAUUCAUAGUUCCACUUCAUUUGCAGAGAGACUUGUUGCUUUUGCAUGCGUUGAAGGGAUAUUUUUCUCAGGAAGCUUCUGUGCCAUAUUCUGGCUUAAAAAGAGAGGAUUGAUGCCAGGUUUGACAUUCUCAAAUGAGCUAAUCUCUAGAGAUGAGGGCCUUCAUUGUGAUUUUGCUUGUCUUCUGUACAGUUUGUUACGGAAGCCGCUAAUUUCUGAUCAGGUUCAUAAGCUUGUACACGAAGCUGUUGAAAUUGAAACUGAGUUUGUGUGUGACGCCCUCCCCUGUGCAUUGAUUGGCAUGAACUCAGUGCUCAUGAGCCAGUACAUAAAAUUUGUUGCUGACAGGCUGUUGGUUGCCUUGGGGUACCAAAGAAAGUACAAUGUGGAAAAUCCCUUUGAUUGGAUGGAGUUUAUUUCUUUGCAAGGAAAGGCCAACUUUUUCGAGAGAAGGGUGGGUGAUUAUCAAAAAGCGUCUGUGAUGUCAAGCCUCCAAGAUGCCGGGAAAAACUUUGUUUUCAAGCUUGAUGAGGACUUCUAAUUAUGAUUUAUCUGUUUCAGCUUCAAUUAUUCUGCGGAUAUACUGAAUUAGGCAUCGGAAAUUUCAUUUACUAUUUUUUUUUUCAGUAACAUGUUUAGUCUACACACAUAACUUAAGUGAUUCCUAGCCGCUGGUAUCUAUCUGCACUCAGGUCACUUGUAUAAUAUGUUUCGUUAUAUUCUUAAUGGCAUGUAAUAUUUGUAACGGUAGCCAAAACGGCCUAGUCAUAGUCAUUAGUGAUUA